AUGGGGAGAAGAAAUGGUGAGAACUGUAGCACCAACCUGCGUGUGUCAAACAUUUCUCAUGAGAACUUAUCUCACUGGAAUUUGGAUUCAGAAGUACCAGUUUCUGAAAAUAAAAACCUCCCACCUGGACGAGAUAGUGCAGCAGGUGGCAAAAUUAACAAGAUCCAUUUAGAAAUUCCAAUAAAGUAACUGAUUCUGGAACUUAAUUUGUCAGAGCUUGUUCACAAGACAAGUGGGACUCAGAAUAGUAAACAAGGGAUAUUUCAGUUAUGGAGUUAUCCUCUUACUGAAGGAAGUACUAUGGAGAACAAGGAAUUCAAAAAAUCUUCACUGGAAACUGGCUUAAAGGUAACCAGUAAUCCUGUAAGGGUUUUUACUUUGAACCACUCAUUGACAAGUGCUUCAACUGAUAAGCAAGCUGGUCCUGAUCUUGGAUUGCCAGUUUCAUUAGGUCUCUGCUGGCCCUAUGCUGAUGGAGACUUUAAGAACAGAAAUGAGCUUCAUAUUAAUUCAUGUUCAACUACAGAAAACAACAAUGGUGAAACUUUAUCUGCUCCAAAUUGGAAUUUGAAAUAUGGAAACAGUAGUGUGGAAGAAAAUUUAACAGAUGAAAGUGAUUUAUCAGAAAAUGAGAAAGCAAGUGAUACUUUACUUAGCUAUUUUAAGAAGAUGGACCUGAACUUAAAGCCAGAAACAAUAGAAAACGUUGAAGAAUCUUUCACUGAGGAACCCAAUGAAGUAUUUCCAUACCCUGAUUUUCUCCCUCCUCCUUUAAAUUCUCUGGACUUGCACAAGUUAGCCCUCUCAAAAUCUGAAAAUUGGAAAGCGACAGUGGAACCUCCAGAAAACUCUAUUGAAAACUUGAUAACUCGUUUACUGGAACUAGAAAGAUUACAACAUAUGACUAUACAAAAAGAGAGGCCAAGAUUACAAUCUACUUUCUGUGCUCCAGCAGUUACUGAACGACCCUCUUCCUCCAAGACUAUAUCAAAAGUGAGACAGCCAAAACUUUCCGACUCUUUGAGUCUUCAGACGGCUUGUAUAGACAAAAGUCGAGAAAAAAGAAAAAAUUCUGGUUCUUGCAAGCUGGAACAAAAUACUUUAAAAUGGAAUUGGAGCAAUGCUGCCAAAUAUAAAUGGGAUUCUAGACCACCAUCUCUAAAAAGUUCAUCCACAACAAAACAACUGAUUGCAACUUACGAUGAUUUUAAGAAUCCCAAAAGUUCCAUUUUAAGUCCAUGUCAAGAACUCUCAUCCAAGCCUACUACUGCCCAAACAACUCAAUCACUAGUUAAAAUGGUCUCAACAAGAUGUCUGCCACCGAGGUCUCCAAUACCAGUUUCACCUGUACCUCUAUCCUUUCCUGACAGUCUAAAGGAAGAAAUUAAAGGACCAAGGACCAAAAAGAAACUCUACCGAAAAAAUAUAGUGUUGAAUAGACCAUUCUAUAUUCAGAAGUUAAACUGUUUGUCACCUUCAUUUAUUACUAAGGAUAAGUACUCACCCAUUGACCAAAAAUAAC